UAAUAAUCGAAUAUCGAUAAACAGGUUCAUUUCUAGGCUAUUCAAAUUUUACUAAUAUUCAGUGCUUUGGUGUUUUUAAUAAAUAUGGAUCUAAAAAACAAAGCGAGGAGAAGCACGCUAAGGAAUUCGGACUCCACAUCAAAUCCUCGAAUAGAACCCAAUGCAGUCUCUACUUCAAAACCAAAACGUCGGAUAAGUUUUAGUGGAAGGAAGUCUGUUAGAGAAUUCCAUGCAGAGGAAAAGCCCAAAAGUUGGAACAAUUCGUAUGAAAUAUCAGACCACCUUAACUCGUUAGAAAAUAUAUCAACUGGAAGCUUUGGCGGAGACAAUUUUAUACCUUGCCAUACUCAGUACAAAUUACCAGAUUGUAAGGAAAAUUACAGUUUCUCUAAAAAUAAGAGGCUUAUAAAUGGUCGCCCGCUAAGUGAGAAUCAAAAUAAUGUUGCUUUGGCCUUCGAAAUGGAAACGAAAAAUCAUGAUGGAGAGCAUGGAGCUUUUUCAUAUAAAUUCGCCAAGGAUAAUAAUAUGAUUGUUGAAAUAUUUUGUGGUGAAGAGAAAUGCAAGUAGAGCAGCUGUGAUGGGGUCUGAAUCCAGAUUGAAAUGGGGAUAUAAGGUUGAAUUUACCGAUGUGGGAAGAGAUUUGUUCAGAUAACAAAGAUUCGAAAACUUUAGACAAGGCUGGUAGUAUGCUGAUGGGUCGGAAAUCACUAGGGCUGGAUGCGGAUUUAUUUUUGGCUACAGGAAGCACAGUAGCAAUCUUCCAGGCAUCGGGAAAACAGGACGUGGUGAGACUAUGGUUUAUUAUGUGUGUCAAGGUUGGCAAAAUAAUCGGUAAGAUUACCUUCACAAAUCUAAUCGGAAUGCCGUCCUCCCCGAUUGCGUUGGACCUGAUCUUAAAAACAGAUUUCACCACAUCAAUCUCGCUCACAGCAAUGAACUCAAACUUUUCGCCAGCAAAAGAGACCGGACAGGAGGCUACAGAGUUGGUCGUAAGGGGACAAGAUGAAGGCGGAGAAGCAAAGGCAACGCUAAGCGUUUCAGGACUCAACGAGCAUUCUGAUUUCUCACUGGCAUGGACGCGGAGUGUUCUCAGAUUUCGCCACAAUACAUUAUUAGGCAGUGAGGGAUCCAGCUUAUUCAUAAAGAAUUUUUUCUUUUCACGUCUUAUAACCGAGGUAGCUUCAUUCCUUAUUGUUUUGAAAGCACUCCAGUUCUCAUCUGUCGGGUUCCUUUUCCAUAUGUUAUAAUAUUUAUUGCGUUUUUUAAUCACUGAUAGGACCACACCAUUAAACCAACGGCAGGAAGAAGACCUGUCACAGGUUCGGGUAGGGACAUGAGUGAGGAGCGAAUUUAAUAUAUUUUCGUUUAGGAAACGGAGCUUCUCAUUGACCGUGCUGAGACCCCAGCAAACAGACCAAUCGAUCUGCAAGAGGCUACUGAAAAGGUUGUUGACAUCUAAGGAACGGUAGUCAAAGAAGUUAAAUACAUAGGUAUUGUCGUCAUAGUGAUCAAGUUUAACGUCAAAAGAACAAAAUAUCAAGUCAUGAUCAGAUAUAAAAGAUAUUUGGUCAAAUUUCAAAACAAUAGAAGGAUCAGAUACAGCAAAGUAAUCUAAUAAGCUGGGACAGCAAUUGCUACCAUAUCUUGUGGGCACCGACAAAUUAACCAUAGACAACCCAACACAGGAGAUAUCAUCUAUUAAACGAGCACUGGUAGAAUCAGGACAUAACAGGUUCACAUUAAAAUCACCACAAAGAAUUAUAUGGUCAUAAUCUACAGAAACAGUGGACAGAAAAUUAAAAAAGUCACAUAGGCUGAAAUACUUAUAGGGAUUAUACACACAAGACAAUAGGAUUUUGGACGAGGGGCUAGACAUUUCGACAGACAGGUACUCCACGCAACUUCUUUCUGAAUGUGACUGCGAAACCUGUUUGGUUUUUAGGUGCUUUUUGCAGUAAAUAGCAACUCCACCACCUUUUCUAUCUACCCUAUCAGAACGAAACAACUUAUAACCAUUAAUAUCAUAAUGGACACUGCUUACAUUGUACCUGAACCACGUCUCAGAUACACAUAUAACAUCGACUGGAGACAAUUCAAAAGUGUUCCUUACUAUAUCCAUUUUCUCAGAAUUAAGACUGCGCGCAUUAAAAUGAACAAUGUUCAAACCCGUUUGUUGACCGCACUUGAUGUUCACCAUUGCACGACUACAAUUGUCAAUGUUAGCCGUUUUGCUGCUGGGUACAACCAUGAUAUUUUACGCGUAUAAACAAAAGCAACUUUAAAGCAUAAGGGAUAACAAUAUUAAGAACAAACAAACAUAAACUGAGAUGUGCCAACUUUACAACAAUGAAUACAUAACAGAGGGAACAUAAAAACAAAAUCUUAUACCUAACGAAAGCGCGCUAAAUCAUCUUCGCAGGUUAAUUUGAUAGCGGGGCUAUUUUUGUCUUUUUCAUUUCUUACGUGCACCUCGCCUCGCAUUGUGUAUACCGAUACCAGCUUACCCUCUCUGCGUAGCUUGAUAGCCUCUUGUAGUAAGCGCCUUUUCUCUUGAGUGAGACUCUCAAAUAUGUGGAAAAUUCCAUCCAUUCCAAUGGAGCUUAAUGACACUGCAGAUCUAACUCGCCUGCGAUACUCCCCAAAAGCGCGAAGGGUGCGAUUGCGAUCAUGCGGGGAGUGAAAUUUAACGACAAUCACGCCGUUGCGGUUGGCAGUGGGGCGCGUUCGGAAGAUGUCGCGAAUUUGUGGAGACAUGAAAUCGAUGGAGAGACAAAUCUGGUUAAAUAUGCUCUUUAGGUUCUCCCCAUCCGCAUAAGGCACACCAAACACAACAGCAUCAGCAGAAAUAUCAGGAGUAGGUUUUUGUUGUAGUGCACUAGAAACUUGCUGUUGUAGGUAGGCAAUAUCGCUUUCAGCCUUCUUCAUAUUAGCUUCCAUCAAAGUUAAGCGCGUAGUCGUCUCGGCCACUUUCUCAGUAAACAUAGCUAUCUCAUCAUCUAUUCGCUUUGUUAAUUUGUUCUCCAGCUCUGACAAUUUCUGAGAGACAUUCUCAACUAGCGGCAGCAGAUUGUCCGUUUGUUGCUGUAUUUUCACUUCGAGUUGCUUUAGUUUUGCAAAGACAGCAAUAAGGGUGAUGUCUUCAUCCAGCUUUACCACUUUAGCAGCAGGGGACUCCUGUCCCCGCAGGGGACGUUUGUUCGCUGCAGAAGAGGUCGAUGCACGAACAGACAUAGCGAAAACAAAAA